AUGCACCCCCGGCCUGAGCUCCCCGCUGACUUGCCGAGUCUGAUUACAAGAUUAUGGGAAGAGGGAAGCCAGCUGGGUGAUGAAAGUAUAAUUCCCGACGAAAAUAAACCGCAGGAGCUUCCUGAAUUGGAGCCGGCCACUGUUGAUCAUCUGGACAGUGUUGGGGGCGGGACCGCGGCGGGUGUUGUUAAACCGGGGCUUUCUCAACAAGAGACCGAACAACACAGAGCGGAUCUACCCGAUCCAGAACAGGCUCAGCGGCAGGCAAUUGAAAGGCAAGGGGGCGAGGAUCUCCUAUUUGAUGUUUCUGUGCUGGAAGAGCCAACAGACUAG